AUGGCUGACAGAUACUCAUUCCCCUGCAAACCAGAAGCAAAUCCCAAAGCCAUCGUCACAGGCGGCAGCAGUGACUCAUACUACCGAUUCACCGUCUUGACCGAGAGGCUCCUGCGCUUCGAGUGGUCCAAAGACGGCGGCUUCGAGGACCGUGUUUCUACAUUUGCCCUGUUCAGAUGGUUCGAGACGCCCCAGUACCAAAUCGUAGACAAAAAAGACAGCCUGCAGAUCAUAACGGACUUCUUCCAUCUUACCUACGAUAAAAAGAAAUUCUCAUCUUCCGGACUCACCGUCAAGGUUGGCAAUGAUGUCUGGUCCUACGACGGCAACUGCUACGGCGAUCUAGGCGGCACAACCAGGACCCUGGACGGAGCCUACGGCCGUGUCAAACUAGAGCCCGGAGUCCUCUCCCGCAAAGCCUAUGCUGUCCUUGAUGACAGCAAGUCCAUGCUGUUCGAGAAUGGGUGGAUUGCUACUCGUGUCCCUGGCCGCAUCGAUGGCUACCUGUUCGCGUACCAUGGCGACCACAAGGCCGCCAUCAAAGACUUUUACCGUCUGUCUGGCAACCAGCCCAUCCUGCCGCGCUGGACCCUGGGCAAUUGGUGGUCUCGCUAUCACGCAUACAGCGCAGACGAGUACCUGGAGCUUAUGGAUCGCUUCAAAAGCGAGGGGAUCCCACUUACUGUUGCCGUUAUCGACAUGGACUGGCACAAGGUAAAUAUUCCUCCACAGUACGGCUCCGGGUGGACCGGCUACAGCUGGAACCGCGAGCUCUUUCCCGACCCCAAUGGCUUUCUCAGCGAGUUGCACAAGCGUAACUUGAAAGUAACCCUCAACGACCACCCGGCCGACGGCAUUCGCUCAUUUGAGGAUCAGUAUGAGCUUGUAGCCAAGGCCCUCGGCCACGACACCUCCAAGGGAGAGCCCAUCCGCUUCGAUUGUUGCGACCGUAAGUUUCUGGAUGCCUAUUUUGACGUCCUGAAGCUCAACCUUGAGAAGCAAGGCGUAGACUUUUGGUGGAUUGACUGGCAGCAGGGCACGCGGUCCCGCAUUCCUGGCGUCGAUCCCUUGUGGGUGCUCAAUCAUUAUCACUAUCUGACCAGCCGCCGCAAUAUCAAAGUCCUAGAACAGCCCAUCACCUUCUCGCGCUAUGCUGGCCCGGGAUCUCAUCGUUACCCCAUUGGGUUCUCCGGGGACACCCAGAUUACCUGGGCCGGGUUGGAGUUCCAACCCGAAUUCACAGCGACUGCCUCCAACAUCGGAUACGGUUGGUGGAGUCAUGAUAUUGGCGGACAUUGGGGAGGCGUACGCUCCAACCAACUGAUGGUGCGCUGGGUCCAACUGGGCUGUUUCUCGCCCAUUCUACGAUUGCACUCAAGCAAGAACCUGUGGAACUCGAGAGAGCCAUGGAAGUACGAAACGACAGCCCACCAGAUCAUCAAAAACUUCCUCAUCCUACGCCAUCGCCUGAUCCCAUAUCUUUAUACCAUGAACAUCCGUGCUAGCUACGAGGGUGAGCCGCUCAUCCAGCCCAUGUACUGGAAUCACACCGACAACGAAGCAUACACCGUCCCAACACAGUAUUACUUCGGCACCAGCCUAAUCGUAGUGCCCAUCACCUCGCCCCAAAACGCCACUACCUUGUUAGGCAGCGUACGCGCCUGGCUCCCACGGGGCCGUUUCGUGGAUAUCUUCAACCCUCAACUCGUCUACGACGGAGAUCGUUACAUCCAACUCCAUCGCGAUCUCUCUCACAUUCCCGUUCUCGCCAAAGAGGGCACCAUCAUUCCUCUGGACGGCAACCCAAAGCUCACCAACGGCGCCGCCCGUCCAACCGAAAUCACUCUCUUGCUGGUCGUCGGCGCAGACGCUCACUUCGAGCUGGUUGAAGAACCAGAUACUAGUGACCACGGUUCCAAAAACUCCCAGCCCCCUCUGUCCUCAUUCUCUCGCACACCCCUCAAUUGGAAUCAGAAGUCUGGUAUCCUCACCAUCGGUCCGGAAUGGAAAGGAACCGGGUGCUGGCGCCAGUGGACUGUCAAGUUAGUUGGGCAUACAAACACCAAUGUCCAGGCCCGGGUUCCCGGGUUCCGGGUUACCCAGGAUGAGAAUUCCACGACGAUUUGCCUUGGAAAUGUCCAUCGGUGGAACCCGGACGGGUUUGAGAUCUUUCUAGGUGAAGAUUUGCAAUUAGAUGUCGUUGAUGUGAAGGCCAGGGUGUUUGAGAGGAUUCAUAAAGCCGAGAUGGAGUAUGAAGCCAAAGAUUCUGUGUGGGAUGCUGUUAGUGACCGGUCAGGGGAUAAAAUCCAAAGACGGGUGGAGAGGUUGAUGGGCACGAACGUAUCUGCUGCGUUAAAGAACGCCGUCAUGGAAGUUUGGGCUGCCGAUGGAAGGUCAGAAGGAAGUGCUAAAGGCCAUGAAGUGUGGGCAGACAGGACUUGCGAGCCAGAUGAUGAUGAACUUGAUGAAGUUUUGAAGGAUUAUAUUAUUGUCUAA